UGACGUCAAGGUAGCUUGAUAACAAAGGAGCAUUUGUAAUACAGACUCUGUAUUUCUGCGUGGAAAUUUUACUGUAUCAUGACAGAGAAAAUUAGGUUAAGUUUCAGAGGACGGUGGGCAUAUUGUGUGUGGCCACUCAUUUCCUAUCGCGGUUAAUUAAAAAUAUUCACGGCCUGAUGUGCUGAGCACGUUUCUGGAAAGGCCGCACAUGAGCACUUCCUCUUCUGUGUGGGUUUGUACUUCUGUUCUGCAGCUUGGGGGUCAGUGUGCAGUGGAGACGGACAGACUGGAUAUUCUUCUGUUCUACAAGUCAUGACUGAAGCAGAGAUGUUCAUCCUCAUUGGCUGCCUGCUGCAAGGAGCUCUGGGCAGAGAGUGGGCAACGUGGAUGCCUCAAAGUAUAGAAGCUCUGAAUGGAUCCUGUGUGCUGAUUCCCUGCAGAUUUGAUAUACUCCCUAAGUUUGACAAUGAUCUGACAGCUGAGGCUAAAGGACUAUGGAAAAAAGGAGGCACAAAUGGUGAAGAAGUGUUUGAUUCCAGUAGAACUGGGACAGCAGCUGAACAGAACACAAUUAAAGGACAAUUAAUUGGACAACUGCUGAAGAAGAACUGCACCACAAUUCUGGAUGGCUUCCCUUCGUCUUACAGUGAUGAUUAUUUCUUCAGAUUGGAAGGCUCAAAUGGAUUCAAGUUUACUUUUCCUAAUGGUGUCAAAAUUAAUGCACAAGACUCUCCACUCAAACCCAAGAUAACCACAGAGAGGGUGGAGGUGAUGGAGGGGACCUCUGUGAGUUUGAGCUGCUCUGCUGCAGCCCCCUGUCCCAAACUCCCCCCAAAUCUGACAUGGACCCCCAGGCUGAGUGACAGUGUGAAUCAACUGCAAGAGAAUGUGUCUGUGUCUUCUGUUCUGACCUUCACUGCUUCCCACCUCCACCAUGGGCAGAACAUCACCUGCAGGGCACUUUACACACUGCAACAAGGAAACAUUCAGAAGAUGUCUGAGGCCAGUCUGAUUCUCAGAGUUCUAUAUUCUCCUAAGAACACCUCAGUGUCAGUCAGUCCCUCUGGAUCAGUGUUAGUGGGCAGCUCUAUGACUCUGACCUGCAGCAGUAAUGCCAACCCAGCAGUGAAAAAAUACACCUGGUAUAAAGUGAAUGGGACAGAGAUGAAAACUGUAGGAACUGGACAAAAUCUCACCUUCACUGUGACUGAGUCCAGUCGUAGUGAACAGUACUACUGUGAUGCACAGAAUGAACAUGGCAAGGAGAACUCUACAACUGUGCAACUGAAUGUGAAAUACAUGCCUCAGAUCUCUGACUCUGGGAGCUGCAGCAGAACUGCAGCAGAGAUCAGCUGCUCCUGUGAGAGCCGUGGGAAUCCCUCUCCCAGCAUGGAGUGGCGUGUGUCUGGACUGCGGGUCACUAACUCUACUGAGAGAGUCAUCAGGGAGGAGCAGCUGGGGAACACAGGCCUGAGGAGCUCCCUCACCAUGCGCCAAUCACAGGGAGACACGCCCACUCUCCUGUGCGUCAGCACCAACACUCUCGGCUCCGCCAGCCUCCAGCUCCACCUCCCGUCUCCACAGCAACACUCGGGUUUCAGCAUUACCUCGCUGCUGAUUGGUGCAGCUGCUGCUGCUGGUGCCAUGGCGAUUACAUGCCUCAUCAUGAAGGCCAUUCAAAAGCAGGGGAAUAAGAGAGUCAGGCAGUGUUCUGGAAGUAGAAGUAAGGACAUCAAGGGGAGUCCUCCUCCCCCAGCAGCAGAAGCACCCGUCUACGCCAACCACACCGUGGCAACCGCCCAGCACAGAGACCCACAGCUGGGAGGGACAGACCCACAGAUACCGCCCCGGGCAGAGGGCCAAAACAGGGCAGAGCUGGAAGCCGUGCACUACGCCUCAAUCAAGCACUCCCCCCGGCCCGUGGAGACACAGGGCCAGGAUGCCUGGGAUGGGGCCGCAGGCCGAGGGGCCGACGUGGUCUAUUCACAGGUGGCACUGAAGAGCAAAAACAAGAAAGGAAAGAACUAG